AUGGAGUGGAGCGCGGAGGCCCACAGCCGCUUGCAGGACGCGCUCCGCCUGUACCCCAGUAGCCUCGGGAAGGAGGAGCGCUGGCAGCGCAUCGCCGAGCACACCGGCCGCCCAAAGCGGGAGUGCGUGGCACGCUAUCGCGAGGUGGCCGCCGAGCUGCAGGCGAACAAGGCCCUCGACCAGCCCACAGGCCACGGCGGCGGCGCGAUUGUCGCGGCGGUGCGGCAUGCGCCUCUCAAAGCGCCCGUCACCCCGGCCCCGGUUGGGCGCGAGAACCUCGGCUCGCCGCGCUCGAGCGGCGCCGAGGGGCUGGUGGACCCAAUCUCGCUCGAGCCGCUCGCAGCCCUCGGCUAUCCGCCCUUCUCGCUCGCCGCGGACUUGGACCACCCCUCCGACAACGACCUCUUCGACGGCAACGUCCUCGCGUCGUACCUCGUCAGCACGGGCCGGUUUGAGCACCCGAUCUCCCGCCGGGCGCUCGAGCGGUCGGAGUGUGCUCGCCUCGACGGGUACCUCGCCUCGCACCGUCUGCCCGCGGCGCGAGUCGCCUACGCCUUUGACCACCGCGACGAGUUUGCGUCGGAUGGCAGCGGCAACCAGGUCGCGGCCCUGCGAGAGGAGGCGUCCGCCGUGCUGCAGUCGCUCUUUGCCGCUCGCUCUCCCGCGGCGGCGGCGAGUCGCGACGUCGAGCGGAGCCCGCUACUCGGCCGCGGCCGCCGUCUGCCCGACGAGCCCGCCAUCAGCAGCCACUACGAUGGCUUCCUCCUCGUCGACGACGAUGCCGUGCCGGGCGCGGCGUCGGGCCGCUCAGGCGGGGAGCCAGCCCGGACCGUCGUCGCUGCGGGCCCGCUCAUCGGCGGUGCCGGGCGGCAGCGUGGCGGCAACUACCGGCCAGACGCGUGCGUCAUGUCUGGCGGCGGCGGCGCAGCCUCGUCUUCGGUCGCUCGCGGGCCGGAGGCGUCGGCCGCGUUCGCAUCGUCAGGGAAGGGCGCCGCCGGCGCGUCGACGCUCGAGGCUGCGGCGAGGGAGUAUGUCGAGCUGACGCUCGACCUCUUUGGCAGGGAAGGGCUCGCGCCGACGCUACUCGAGCUCGCGGCCCUGCUUCCGAGCGAGCCGCUGACCCGCGCCAUGAGCGCCGUCCUUCAGAGGCUGCAGGUCUCUCUUGUCGAGCUGGCGAGCGGGCACCCUCCCGCGCGCAAGGGGGCCAAGGCGAGGACCAAGGCGGACGAUUGCGUCUCGCGCAAGGGGGCGGCCAUCGCCGUCGCCGCGCCGCCGCCCUCCGGCAGCCAGCCACCCGGCGCUACGGCCGCGAGCAACACCUCGUGCAGCAGCUCGAGCUUGCUGGCGCAGCUUGCGCAAUUGGCGGACGAGUCGGAUGCCGCGGAGGGGAUUGCGGCGAAAUAUCGGCGCUGA